AUGUGCGCCGGCGUUCCGGUUUGCAUGGUCACGGACAUGAACUGCGCCUCGGCCUUGCGCGUUGCCCUGAGAGAGGCAGGGCAACGGAGCCCCGGUGUCAUUGCAUUGCCGGUUCAGUGCCCUGACCCUGAAAUGGGCAGUUUGGUGAGCAGCAUAUUGAGUGAUUGGGAGAGCCCCGACAGUGGAGGUGCUCCUGUUAGCCACGUGCUGGCAGUCGAACGUGCAGGCCCAGCUGCAGAUGGUCGAGUGUACAACAUGAGCAAACAAGACAUAACAUGCUACAAUGCCCCCCUUCAUUUGCUUUAUGGACGGCAUGGCAGCAGGCAUCGAGUGGCAAUAGGGGAUGGUGGGAAUGAGCUUGGGAUGGGACUAGUGCCACGAAAUUUGCUGGAGAACGUCAGGCAUGGGACGCACAUUGCAUGCGAUAUCCCGUGUGAAACGCUUGUAGUGAGCGGGGUGUCAAACUGGGGCGUUUGGAGUCUGAUGGGUGCCUUGGCGGUACUCAAAAAAUCUUGGAAACCAUGCUUGGUUGAAAGCAUCAGUGAAGAAGUCAGUUUGAGAGUUCUCAAAAAAACUGUUGCUGAAGGUCCAGCUGUGGAUGGAGUGACAGGAAAACGUACAUUUUCCGUUGAUGGCCUACCCUGGCAGGAGCAUGCUAAGGUCCUUGAUGAAAUCAGAAACAUUGUGUCAGAAUAG